GGCGGCGCGGCGGACGUGACGGUGCUUCUAGGUGCUCCUCGUGGAGGUGGCUGCAAUGAUUGUGAGGAUGCCACUCCAGUGUCCUGGACACUUAACACGCUGGUGCUUUGGUAUCGCUAUGCUAGCUCACAACAACUGCCCCGGACAGCUAAUGGAAACAAGUAAAAAAGCAGCUCCAUAGUCACCAAAAAAAAGAAGAAGAAUCAAAUCAGCGUGCGUAGUGGUCCCUGCGUGUCUUUUCCUCGCACGACUCAGCGUAAUGCUUUUCUGCGGCAUGUAACACAUGUCUAUAAUUACAUCACUCGCGGACAGGUUUGAUAAUAACCCAGUUAUUAUUGAUUUGAUUUACGAUAGUCAGUCCCCCCUUAUUAAGCAAUGGCGUUGUCAUCAUUGUUGCAGGGUGCACUCAUAUUCCAGUGCACAAAGAGAUAAUUGUGGUGUGUUAUUGCAUUCAAAUGCAAAUGGGGGAAAAAACACACACAAUAUAACCGUACUUUCACCUUGAUUAAUGGAUUGUUUGAUGUAAUUGUAGUGUAGGAGACAGAAUAAAGCAGUUGUAAUGAGACGUAAGUGGAGGAACAUUUAAAUCUAUUGCAGGUUGGAUGAGCUGGAGCCUUUCCACCUGGGUAAGGUUAAUAAGUUGUGGCUAUCUGCUAUGCCAUGUACAGUAAUUGGUCCUUCUGCACAUGUAAAUUGACAUCUCAGUGCAGAAUUGCACCAGUGGAAGCAAAUUAACUAUCAGUAUAACAAAAUAACUUUAGCUUGCCAUUAAUGGGCUAUAUUGUUUUCAUUAAGGCGAAUAAAGCAAUUGCCCACUUGAGUAAGACAUAGCAGUCCACAGCGCACAAGGAUUGCCUGGAAAAAGUGAACUAUGUGUAAUCAGCAUCAAAAAUUGGCUUUUAAUGCAUUAUAGGAUUAGAGUCAUAUUACUGUUUGGUUUCAAGCCAGAAGUAAUUUUAAUGUAAAUAAUCCAGUGCUUCCUGAUUGAUGGUUUCAUUGCACAGCCUUGAACUUGCUCCAAAGCACACUGGCUGACCACUUGCCUACACAACCACUUGUUUAUGCUCUAUCAUCAUGUGGACUUGUGCGACAGGCUUACCAGAAUGGGUUCCGAGCGGAAGGAAGCGUAAACUCUCUGCCGCUUGAUAUUUGAUUACAGCUAAUAAUAGAAAAAGACAGCUGCCUUUUCAUUGAUCUGUCUUCAGUGCCCUAUUUCUGAGCCCUGUUUUUUUUUCUCUCUCUCUCUCUCUCUCCAUCCAUCUCUCUCUCUCUCCAUCUCUCUCUCUCUCUCUCCGUCUCUCCGCUGUGUUCAACUAUCCAAUAGUACCACCGAAUACAGUGUUCUGCGCCGGUUAGCAUUUUCAAAUUGUUUUUGAUCAAGCAAUUUUCAUUUGCUGUAAUUAGCCAUUGUUUUCGGAAGGCUCCUUUUGUAUUUGAAAAUCAAGGCGCUUGGGGACACAGAAUCCUAAAUCUGGUUGUGUGUGAGUGAGCGGAGCCGUUGGGGGUCAAACAGGACAUGGAUAAUAAGAGGGGAGGGGAUACGAUGUGGGAAGGAAGUGGCUGAGCUUGUUUGUCCGCCAGGCCUUUGUUUGUUUUCCUGUCGGACAAACCUAUUUAGAAGGUAGGCUAUCUGAGGUCUGCCGAUGGAAAUUAGCUACAAGCAGCAGGCCUGUUAUACAUUUAUUAUUCAGUAAUGUAGUUAUUGAGAAGUCGUUUGCAGCCAAAUGAGGAAUGAGAUUCAUCUAUCAGCGAUGAUGGCGCAGGCUGGCCUGCCCAACUGCUAUUGCUCUGGGUGAACGAUAUUGAGUUGUUUAGUUUUCUGGCCAGUCAACAGCGUCCAGUCAAGUUUCAUCCUGCAGUCAUGCACUGUUGUUGCUGCCUCGUAGCAUUCCUGCUCCUUCAAUCUGCUGCAUCUGUGUGUAGUAUAGGGAAGGUGUAAGGUGACACUUUUGCUUUUGACAAAGGCUGACAUGCCCCGCCUCCCUGUUCAUAUAAUGGCAGAGCGCUUGUCUGUGUUAUUUCAUUACAGGUGCUCUGAUGCCGAAGAUGACGUCAGUAUUCGGUGUCAUUUGCUGAGGUGGACAAUUUCUCAUGCCAGAGAGAUUAAUCAUCUCAACCCCCAUCGCUCCCCCGAUCCAUUUGACAAAUCCAUUUCCUGUGGAGCAUCACGCUAUUAAAGCAUGAUCAGACAGUACAAUAGCUCGUGUGAUGCCAACCGGCAUGUCAUCGGCCGGGCGGAGGGGAGAGGACGGGGUGGGGGAGGAGAGAGAACAAGACUUCCACGUCCCAGCCGCCACCAAUCCUCUUUGUUUUCUUUCUACUCCAAGAAAAUUCCGAUGCAAUAACAACAACAGAAAUAUUCGCCACUGUGCCUUUUUGCAGUCCAGUAAAAUUAAGAAAUUUAACUGAAACCGAGCUCGAAAGAUAUCUUUGAGAGAUGGGUGAAACGUACAGGUGAGGGAUGGAAAAGAGAUGUGUAAGGGAAAGGGGGGGGGGGUUGGUUGGAGUGGAUGAGUUUAGAGGACGGAUGCUGAGGGGAGGUAGAGGAGAGUCGGGAGUGGGAGGAGGUGUGGUGCUCUGGUUUCCUGGGGGGAUGGUGGUAAAUGUGAUGAUGGAACCUAGACAAGGACGGGGCUGAUCUUCAUUAUGCCACUGCAGCAACUCCCUGAGCACUGCUUACUUGUAUUGCUUUGUUGUUUGAUCAAGUCUAGACUUUAUAUACUUGAGGUUGUUUCCUAAAGGAACAACAAUUGGUGGUGCUGUUUUGAAUUUGAAUAUAAUCAAGUUCACCAGGAGAGGGAUGGAGAAAGAAUAUAUAAUGUACUUGCUGGUUGAGCAGGGCAUGAAAUUGGGGAAAUACCUUUUGAGAUCAGCAUUCAGGGCAUGUCACUGUAAGCACAGUUUUUCGCCCUAUCACAUAGUCUACUCCUUUUCCAAUGGAGAGGCUCAAAAAGCUGUGAUUCAAUGUAGCUGUCUUUCUAUUGGCUGGAGCUGUUAAGGGGCAGGGCCUUGCCACAGGCUGGUGUGCAGGAAGGGGCUGGCUCUAGGGGUGUGUGCGUGUACGUGUGUGUGUGUGUGUGUGUGUGUGUGUGUGUGUGUGUGUGUGGGGCGGGGGGGUUGGCUGGAAGUGUUUCAGCCAGAUAGUUGGAGUAGACACUCUUCUGCUUCCUGCCUGCCCGCCUGCCUGCCUCGCUCGCUUGCUCCCUGGCUCAGAGACCGAGAGAGAGAGAGAGACAUCCAGAGAAAAUCCCUGUCUCGGCAUGGACCUCCGGCUGCAGCACUCGGCAGCUCGCGAGGAAUGACAACAGUUCACAUGGUCAUUAACUCCAGUCGCUGAGGCUGAAGGGAAAGCUGCACUGUAGCUCAGUGUCACAGAAGCACCGGGUGCCUCCUGUGUUCGGGACAGCAGACAGACAGAGGCACACAGCAGAGCCACAGGACCCAGUGAAACGAGAUCGCUGACAGAAAGUGCCUUGUGAGACAACAUCGUACUUGAAGAUCCACGGGCGUUUCUGAAGAGGCUCCAGAUAUUUCCCCCUCUCAGUCCCGACCUGUUUGUUUGAUCCUCCUCACCUGUGUGAAGAAGCCCCAAGUGAAGCGGUGGAGCUACCGCACUGCUGGCCAAGGUGCCAAAAGCUCUGAGGGAGUAGAUAGUGAAGACUUUUAAACAAUAGGAAACCACGUACUUUGUGUUUGAGACUGCGCCAUUGCAUCUCAAAACAGCACCAGUUUUGCCCCUCCCCCCCCUCAAAAACCCGCCCUUGCACAGAUCUCAUCACUCACACAAAGGUCAUUUCGGAGACAUUGGUACAACAAGUAGAGCUUGUCUCUGAGCAUGCCCCCUCUGCCGUGUCAGAGGUCUGCACAUGAGACUUACUGAUUGAUGAACAAUUAGCCGUGUGACUGACAAACCCCAUCACAGCAGUGCAGUCCCAUGCACCGGACACAGAGACUUUGCCAGUCCAUUACCUCCACUUUCCCGUCCCCAAGGACAAACCCCCAUCCACUGACCUGAAGCAGAUUACUUCUAGCCGCAUGUUCCUUCAGUUCUAGGCGCUGUGCGUUUUAUUUUCCACUGGAACACUCUGAAACACCCCUCCUCAGAGGAGAGCCUAAAACCAAGUGGCUCCACUCCACCCCAGCUCCACAGCCAGCGCUGCUGACAUGGCUCUAAACAUUGCCUCGAUGCGGGACACAAAAUGGCUGACCCUGGAAGUGUGCCGGCAGUUUCAGAGGGGGACGUGUUCACGCAGCGACGAGGAAUGCAAAUUCGCCCACCCGCCCAAAAGCUGCCAGGUGGAGAACGGACGGGUGAUCGCCUGCUUUGACUCGUUAAAGGGCCGCUGCACGCGAGAGAACUGCAAAUACCUCCACCCGCCCGCUCACCUGAAGACCCAGCUGGAGAUCAACGGGCGAAAUAACCUGAUCCAGCAGAAGACGGCGGCGGCCAUGUUGGCUCAGCAGAUGCAGUUCAUGAUCCCCGGCACCACCAUGCAACCCGUGACGUUUCCAAUGAGCCAGGCCCUCGGUUCCAGCGCAGGUCUGAGCUACACAUCGUACCUGACUCCCAUGUCCCACAGCAUGGGCCUGAUGCCCACGGACAUCAUGCCCAGCUCCCCCUGCAUCGUCCCCGGCAGCCCGCCCAUGUCCGUGACCGGCGGCUCCUCCUCCAACCAGAAACUGCUGCGCACCGACAAGCUGGAGGUCUGCCGCGAGUUCCAGCGGGGCAACUGCGCUCGCGGGGAGACCGACUGCCGCUUCGCUCACCCGAGCGACAGCCCCAUGAUCGACACCAGCGACAACACCGUCACCGUCUGCAUGGACUACAUCAAGAGCCGCUGCUCCCGCGAGAAGUGCAAGUACUUCCACCCGCCGGCCCACCUGCAGGCCAAGAUUAAGGCCGCCCAACACCAGGCCAACCAGACAGCCGUGGCAGCGCAAGCCGCCGCCACGGCUGCAGCCAUGACUCAGUCGACUGCCAAAGCAAUGAAGCGACCCCUCGAGGCAACUGUAGACCUGGCGUUCCCCCACGGCGUCCUCCAGCCGCUACCAAAGAGACAAGCACUUGAGAAGAGCAACGGCUCCAUGUUCAACCCAAGUGUUUUGCACUACCAGCAGGCGCUGGCCAACGCACAGCUGCAGCAGCCCACUUUCUUUCCCACAGGGUCAGUCUUGUGCAUGACUCCUAGCAGUCUUGAUUAUCUUGAAGUAAGUUUCAGGAAGGGAAUGGAGUGUCACGAAGCUGCACUAGGAAACCCAAAACAGCCCCAGUGUAAAUACUACUUCACCUCUCCCAUAGAGGUCCAGCAACCUGCAUGCUAAGAGUUUAACACAUUCAAUUUAACCGUAACAACUGCAGUGCCGGUGUAACACACACAUUGGAGAGAAAAAAAGAAAAAUGUAAAAAAAAGAUAUAUACUGUAUGUAUUGCUAGGAAAAAAAACUAUUAACAUGAAAAAGUCAAAAAUAUCCUUAUGUAUAGUACAACAUACAUAGCAGACACACUAUAGAGGUCAUUUUAACACCUGUUCUCCCAAAGUACCGUGGAUCCCCUCUCUUUCAUAUUUAUUCUAAAAACCGCUGCACAACGUUCAUCCCUUUGGUUCCUACACAAACAAAAAGAGGCGCUGGAUUUGCACUCUGUGAGACACAUAGUGCUGAACGUGGACGACGGGAAGAGUCACAGGAAAGCCGUGCACAACCACACCGGCGCUCUCUUUUCGCUUUCCUCUCUGCGUUGGACUUGAACGUCCUUGGGGCAGACAGGCUCAUGUUUACUUAAUGUGACGGUUCCUGGCGAGGGCACCUCUGUGACCCUCAUCUGCUCCAGAAGCUGUUGCAGAUGUCCCCCCCCCCCCCCCCCCCCCCUCCCUCCUGUCAACUUAUCAUCUCCGGAAACAUCUCGCCAAAGCUGAAGAGGUCGGUGGAUUCAACCUGCCAGAAAGCAGAGACACAUUUUAGCACCCCGAUAAAAAAAAUAUAUAUCUUUUUUUUUUUCCUUUCUUUUUCCUUUUGCCAUUGCGAAAGCUGCUCCCAACGCACCCCCGUUAUUUAUUUUUAGGUGCCGGGUUCAGUUCUUUGUUCGGGAGGAGUCGGUGGGAUAGAUUGUGCACGGAUUUCUGCAUGCAGUCGGGACUGGGGAAGACAGAGCCCAGUGUCGACGGAACCACAGUCGUGGCCAUUACUGGGGAAAAGACAAGGCCUAAAGGCUCGGGUCUGGGCCCAGCGCUCCACGGAGCUUGAGGGUUCCUUCCAGACACACCAAGCCUUUUGUGUGUGUGUGUGUGUGUGUGUGUGCGUGUUCGUAUCUGGAGACUUGUGGUCUGCCGGCAGACUGGGACUCGAAAGCGAGGUCGAGCAGGCGAUGACAACACCGGGAUCUGGUUGGAUGGGAGUUUUUUUUUCUUUUUCGGGAGGGGUGGGGAGGGGGGCGGGGCGAGGGAAUAAAGUGCUAAGACUAAAAACAAACAAACAAACAAAAAAAACGGUGCAUUUGACGACGCUCGUCAAGCAAAAAGAUGACUUGAACUUCGACUGGAGGGCUAUCUGUGACCGUCGGUUGUCCUGUCCAACCCUACUAUCACCGAUAAUCCUGUUCCAUUUUAGAAAACUGUAGAAGUGCCUAAAAAAAUGCUCAUCGACCACACAUUCAUCCAGAGUGGAUCACUCAAGAGUCACGGGACGCGCCGCCGCCGCCACCGGCCGUCGGCAGCUCCUCGGGAAAAAAAAAGGACUUUUUUCGGGGGAAAGACAUCCCAUUUCGCAAAAAAACGCCACCGGGAAACCCCCCCCGGUGGGCGUUCAUCGACAUCACAAGUGACUUUAUCGAAGCAAAAGAAGUUAAAGAAACCGACAAAUCAAAAAUAGCUUUGUAGAAUGUUUGGUGACUUUCAUGGUGUACCAUCGUUUCUGACCAUGGUUUUGAGUAGUUUACAUGAGGAAUGUGAGUGAGACAAAAAAAAUGUAUUGUAAACUGUGUAAUGUAUGUAAAGUGUCUCUUAUUUUGAGAGUUUAUAUUCAUGGUUCUAGAAAUGUAUUCAAAGUUAUUUAAAUUUUGUGUUGUGUCUACUAUCAAGGUAUUUUUGAACCCCCUUGAGCCCUCCACCAUCUCCACCUCCACCCAGAACAAUCAUUUGUCUUUCAGCCACAAGCACUAUUCAAUUAUUUGUAGACCAGCCCUCUCAUUAUUUUUAACAGGCACCAUUUAACUAAAUCUUAUUUCCCAUUAUUAAAAAAAAACAAAAAAAACAAAAAACAUUCUGAUGUAAUUUCAUGGUGUUUGAUUCACACCGACAAUCCACAAUCACAGCGUGGAGCCGGAGCGUGGAACCGGAGCGUGGAACCGGAGCGUGGAACCGGAGCGUGGAACCGGAGCGUGGAACCGGAGCGCUUCACUCCGGCUCCACGUUUUUGGUUUCCUUCACGCCGAUUGUCUCCACGCGCAUUUGGAUUUGUACGUAAUAUCUGUGGAAGGUGGUGAACUUUCUUUUUUCUUUUCUUUUUUGUCGUAAUUUAUCUUUAUGUUACUCUUGGUCAAAUUUUUGUCGAAAAAAAAACAAUGUUGGUAACUAUUCUAUUUUGAAAUGAAUGUAAUUUAUUGAGCUGUGCUACGUUCUGCGCGGUUGGUCAUUUCUAGGUCUAAACCUGUCAGGUCAGCGAAUGAGAAGUCGCGGUUUUAAAAAAGGGGGUGGGGUUUAAAAGUCAGCCCACCAAUGGAAAGCUACUGGAUCUUUCUUGCCUUCUCGUUGAUAAAAAGAUCACGGUGUUGCAGUAAUGAGCAUAGUUAUAGAGUUGCUUGUGUUGUUGGGGGAGAAAAAAAAUGUUUAUUGUAUAGAUGACAUUUUACCAAAAAAAAAGAGCAGAAAAUUUAAAAAAAGAUGUACUUUUCACUCUAGUAUAAUAGUAUUUCAUAACAAUAUUAAGUUGUUGCUGUGGCAAAACAAAUGUUGCAAUUACUAAAGUUCGGUAUUUUUGUAAAUGACAUUGUUAAGUUUUUUUUUUGUUUGUUUCUCUUUGCUAGAACACUGUACACAAGGUAGAUUGUAAUGAAGAUAUGAACAUUUCUUAUUCUUCACUGAGAUUAUGACAAUGACCUAAUAUUUUCAUUAGCAGAUAAAACAGCCCGUGUAGUGCUGUGACCAUAACACUUAAAUAGAUUUAAAGUCAAUGUUACAUAGAUUAUAUAUAUAUAUAAAUAUAUAUAUAUAUAUAUAAGAACUAAAUAAUCUAUGAACUAAUGAGUUCAGAGGUACAACUCUUCCCCUGACAAAGGACCUCUACAGGUUCCACUCUGAGACAUUUUAUUCGAGGCGUAUCACUAGAGUUAAGGAUUGCACUUUUCAUAUUGUUUAAAGACGUGAUCUGUUUUUCAUUCCCUUUUAAGGGGUUGUGAGGUUCCUGCACCCUGCUAGUCAAUCUGUGUCAUCGAUCCAAAGCAGAGACCAACCGCUGAAUCACUUCAAUUCAACAUGUUGCAUGAGAAAACAACAUUUUCUUUUCUUACUAAACCAUAAUGUACUGAAUGUUUCUAGUGGAAAAAAAAAAAAAAAGAAGAAAACAAAUAAUAAUCUGUACACAAAAUGUCCUGAUUUGGUGACCCACAAUGCCCUUAUGUAUGGAAUCCUCUUGAGGUGUAAUGUUUUUUUUAAAUUUUAUUUGUUAUUUUUAUUGUGUUGGCAAUGAUUGACUGAUGGAGAAAGAAAAAGAAAAAUGUCAGCACUUUCUGAGCAGUUGGUCAACUGAGCAGACUCAGCUUAUCCAAACACUUUGCCUUAUCUUGAGUCCAUCGUGCUUAAGGUUUUAUGUUUUUAAGAGCUCUUACGAACUUUAUUAAAGAGACUUGACCGUGUCUCUUUUCUCAAAUCCCUUCUCAAUUUAUUUUAAAAUAUGUGUAUCUUUAUAUCUGAAAUCAUUUUUUAGGGUUUUAAUG